GGGCGGGCGGGCCGCGCAGGGGUGCGUCGGCUAGUCGGCUGCGGCCCUUUGAACGCUCUGUUCCCUUUAGCAAUCCCUGCCGGCGGUGUGGUGCCCAAGGCGGCACGGAGGCUCCCGCCAACAGUCAGGCUGCACUUUGUAGGCUGCCUCACUCAGGCAAUGUGAUUGUGAGCAGGGGAUCUCCAGCCAGCAAAGUGGCAGCGAAAGGCGAAAGGCCGUUGUUGUCUCCCCAACCAUCUCCGACACACUAGGCUCCAGCAGGCUGGCACCAGGCGGCCUCGACACUGUCGUGGUGCCCGUUCUGAUCGAACCCGAACCAUCUGCUCCCCCAGACGCACGCUGAGCCGCUGAAGCUAUGCUUGCCGCUCUUGCUCCGCGCCUGGGGACUCUGACAGGGCAAACCUCGCUGGCAGGGGUGGCACCGAUUGCUGCCCGAUGGCUGAGCAGGGAAGCUGCCAGCAACUCGCUGCAGGUGAGCCGCUGGACGGCGACAACGAGGGCAUAUUUUUUCUCUCCCUCUGCCGCCCCGAGGCCCGCAACUCAAUCGGCCGUCAGUUUCUGCGUGAGCUGCGUGAAUGCCUGCACACGGUGGCGCAGGAGCGAACAACCCGCUGUGUGGUUGUGCGCUCCACCGUGCCUGGGGUCUUCUGUGCCGGUGCCGAUCUCAAGGAGCGUGCCGGGAUGACCCAGGCAGAAGCCGCCACAUUUGUGGGAGAGUUGCGGGAAGCCUUCGCCCACCUAGACAGCCUGCCCAUGCCCACAGUGGCAUGCGUGGAUGGGUAUGCGCUGGGAGGCGGCGCUGAGCUGGCGCUGGCGUGCGACAUUCGUGUGUGCGGGCGGGACACGCAGUUUGCCUUCCCGGAAACGCGGCUGGGCAUCAUUCCUGGGGCAGGCGGCACGCAGCGUCUGCCGCGCAUUGUGGGCAAGUCGCGCGCCAAGGAGCUCAUCUACACCGGGAGGCACGCUGCUGCAGCACAAUUCAUGCAGUGCAGCGCCUGCCCUUGCCCCAUGCCGCGGGAGCUGCAGCCUGGAAUCCCGCGCAUUGAUGUGCACCACGCGCUGCGGAUAGGGCUGGCCGACCACGCCGCUGAGGAGAGCACCUCAGAAGAUGUGGCGCUCAAGGUCGCCCGUGAAAUUGCUCUGGGCGGCCCGCUUGCGCUGCGCAUGGCCAAGCAGGCGGUGAACCUGGGGCUGGACAUGGACCUACACAGCGGCAUGAAGCUUGAGGAGGCAUGCUAUGCGCAGGUAAUCCCCACCAAGGACCGGCUGGAGGGGCUGGCCGCGUUUGCAGAGAAGCGGCAGCCGAAGUUCACAGGGGAAUGAGGCGUAUUACCCCUGCUUCCGCAGCGCUGGCUUGCAGCAGUUUGCCUUGCAUGUAGCAGAGCGAGUCGAGAA